AUGGUCUCAACGGCCGAGGCUGGGCCUAUGCAUGACAAUGACGUUUCCAUGGACGCCAUCAUCCCCAAGACCGAACCGACACAGGACGGAAAUGUCUCCAUAAGCUCCUCCGUGUCGACUCCCGAACCCGAGGAACAGAAUCAGGAUGUUGCGCAGACGCAGAAGAGGAAGGGAGGAAGGAAACCCAUUUACGCCACGUCCGAAGAGCGCAAGCAGAGGAAUCGCCAGGCGCAAGCAGCCUUUCGAGAGCGAAGGACCGAGUACAUCAAACAGCUGGAGUCUACCAUCAAGCGGAAUGAAGAAUCUCUACAGUCGUUGCAACAGAGCCAUCGGAGCGCCGCCGACGAAUGCCUGAUGCUGCGCUACAAGAACUCGCUCCUCGAGAGGAUUCUUAUGGAAAAGGGCAUUGAUGUCCAGGCAGAGCUGCGCCUCAAAACCGGCAGCAACUCUACAACCAUCCCUUCGAUGAAGUCUAAUGCAGCCAAGCAGCCGUUGCCUCUCGAACGUGCUGCUCUCAGUAGAACUUCAACGCAGCGACGACAAGCCUCGGGCGCCAUCGCCCCCAAAUCAGACCUGUCUCACCAACGAGACGGCGCAUACAGUACCUCCUCACCACAACCUCAACCUACUCCAUCGUCCCACGUGUCGUCUCCGUCAACAGGGAGAUCACCUGGCUUCGCCUUGCAAGGUGCAAUGUCUCCGAAGGGAUCCGAGUUCCGACAACGCAACCAGCCUCCUUUGCUCCCACAUCCGAGGGAUUUCACCCAACACAGCCCGCUAGGAGUGGGUCAAAUGAGGUCUAUGGAUUCCUAUGCUUCCGCGACGCAGUCUAUGAUGUCCGGAGGUGCUAUGACACCUCAUUUACAAUCUUACUAUUCCGCACCUUUCCAAAAACGUUAUGAUCAGCUCGAGCAAGAGUAUGAUGCUCAGGCUGAUAUGCUCGACGAUGCUGAUAAUGCAGAAAAUGGCUCGGAAGCCAAUGCCUACGUCACCGACUUCAGUCGACCACCAGUGCCAACAGGACAGGGACGCGUGGGCUUGCCCGGUGUAUCAUCUAUACAGGCGGAUGGCGACCAGGGGAUGUAUAAUACCGGCAGUUCUCUUUUCAGUCAAUUUGAGCCCGUGCUAGACAGCGACACGUUCGGACUGAGUGCCAGCAUGCAUUUUCAGACGCCCUUCAGCUACGAACAAGAAAUGCUUCGCCAAUAA